UAUUUAUAGGUAGUCGUGGAAGAAGCUAAAAGAGUGGUAAGAGAAAGACCGACGUGGCGAGCAUGUAGGUAAAGAGAAGAAAGAUUUCGAUAGAGAUCGUACGGUGGGAAGGUAAUUAGAUGCAGAGAGCGUGCAUAGCAUACGAAUACGAUGAGUUGUUGUGUGCUUUUCUUUUAACUAACUACCCCCACUCUCAGAAUCAAUCUAGUCUCAAGUCUCACAGACAUAAAAACAAACACAAACGCUAACCGUGCAUAGCAUACGAAUACAAGAAGAUGGCGUUGGCUGUUCCUGCUGUUCCUUUCACGUACGGUGUUCACCUUCUUGGUCUUGUCGCCAUCGUAUUAGUGUUGCUUUGGAACUUACAUUUCAGGGGUGGUUUGGCUUGGAAUUCUUCCAACAAGGCUCUCAUCUUCAAUCUUCAUCCUGUUCUUAUGCUUAUUGGCUUAAUAAUAUUUGGAGGUGAAGCCAUUAUAAGUUACAAAUCUCUUCCCUUGAAGAAGGAAGUAAAGAAAUUGAUACACCUUAUUCUCCACGCCAUUGCAUUAAUACUUGGAAUAGUUGGAAUUUCCGCUGCGUUCAAGAAUCACAAUGAAAGUGGGAUUGCCAAUUUGUACAGCUUGCAUUCAUGGCUUGGAAUUGGAGUUAUUAGCCUUUAUGGCGUUCAGUGGAUAUUUGGGUUUGUGGUAUUUUUCUACCCUGGUGGAACUUCAUCCAUUAGACGUGAGUCACUUCCUUGGCAUGUAUUAAUUGGGCUGUUUGUGUAUAUUUUGGCUAUUGGCACAGCUUCUCUUGGGUUUCUAGAGAAGCUCACAUUCCUGGAGAACUCAGGAUUGGCAAAAUAUGGUUCUGAGGCUCUACUUGUCAACUUCACUGCUUUGAUUACUAUCUUAUUUGGUACCUUUGUUGUGUUAUCUGCCAUUUCUGAAGCUCCUGCAGCUGCAGAGGAUUAUGCACCCAUAUAGAUUUCUCUUAUUGGCAUCAUGUUUUUAUAUGUAUUAAUUAAUUAAUUAACUAAUUAAUUAAUGUCAUAUCUGCUAUUAAUUUGCAGUAGGCAGAACAAGGGAAUACUACUUGUUUAUAUAUAUAUGGUUGGGCACAGCUUGUAAUUUAUUGUUAAUUAUAUCCACGAAACAUGAAAUUAUACAUUGAUUUGGAUCGGUAUAAUUUACUGUCUGUUUGUGUAAAGUUAAAAAAAGUGAUUUCUAAACUGACAUUAAA